AUGGGAACGGGGCAGCGGGAUGCGGAGCGGUGCCCGGGGGAGUUCUGCCCAGGGGGGAGACCCCGCUCCACACCCCCCCCUCUCCCUUAUGAGCUGAGGGACCCCCGGGCUUCAGGGCUUUUGGGGGCUCCGGGGCAGGUUCAGGGCACAUCUGAGUGCUCCAGCCUGGGGGGCUGGGGACCCCCCGGGGCUUUGGGGCUCAGCCGCAGCUCUCGGGCAGGACAGCGGGAACACGAGUUCCUCCCCGUCUACCUGAGACAGAGGCACCGGGAACCUGGAGAUGUUGUUGGAAUCUACAAAGGACAUUGCUUCCGAAUCAACCACUUCCCUGAAGACAAUGACUAUGACCAUGACAGCUCAGAAUACCUUCUCCGCAUUGUCCGUGCCUCCAGUGUGUUCCCCAUCCUAAGUACAAUAUUGCUGUUGCUGGGAGGACUCUGUGUCGGAGCAGGAAGAAUUUACAACAGCAAAAACAACAUUAUUCUCAGUGCUGGGAUUCUCUUUGUUGCAGCAGGACUAAGUAAUAUCAUAGGGAUCAUAGUCUACAUAUCAAGUAAUGCAGGUGACCCAAGUGACAAGCGAGAUGAGGACAAAAAGAACCAUUACAACUAUGGCUGGUCUUUUUAUUUUGGAGCCUUGUCUUUUAUUGUGGCCGAAACCAUAGGCGUUCUGGCUGUGAACAUUUAUAUUGAGAAGAACAAAGAGCUGAGGUUUAAGACCAAGAGGGAAUUCCUUAAGACUUCUUCCAGUUCUCCUUAUGCCAGGAUGCCGAGUUAUAGGUACAGGAGGCGGAGAUCCAGAUCCAGUUCUCGAUCUACAGAGCCUUCUCCAUCUAGAGACAUUUCUCCAGUUGGCAUGAAGAUAGCAAGCACCAUUCCCAUGAACGAAAUUUCCAGGUACUCGCUUGCCAGAGAGCCUUUGAAGGUGACAACGGCUGCCAGCUACAACGCGGACCAAGAAGCCAGUUUUCUGCAGGUUCACAACUUCCUUCAGAAGGAAUUUAAGGAAGGACUCCAUGUCAACAUGGUCAACAGGAGAACGACGCCUGUUUGAAGUACCUUCCUUCCUCAUGCUUUUUGAACAAAUAUCGAAACAGAAUGGAUCUGUCAAGAAAGAGAAGGAGUGAUGUUAAAAACCCUCUCACCUCUUUAAUUGUGGCAUGUGUUGAGGCAGCAAGUGGAGAUCCUCUGGACCAUCAUAAAGUUAUUACACACUCGUAGCUUUUUCUGAAGCUAUUCGGAGUUUGUUUCUUUCAGUUCUUGGUGUCACGAAAUGAAGGCAGUUCAUGUUCCUGCACUUUUGUAGUGUGUACAAAGUUGUGAAGAAACUGUAAAGGACUUGCCACCAGUGUGUUUUAAAGGAUUACAGAAAAAUUGUUGUACUUUUUUUUUUUUUUUUUCUAAAAUUGAGAUCCCUUAAUACAAACUUGCAAAUAUAAUUUAUAACCAAGUCCAAGGAUGAAUACGAACUACUCAUCAAGUGAGCCACUUUCCUUUGACGCAGCAUAAGCUUUGCCUCUUUCAAAAAAAAAAGAAAAAAAAAAAAAGAAAAAAGGAAAAUAUUUUUGAAGGCAACACUUUCUAAAACUGACCUGUGCUACUGAAACCAUACAGCACCCACGCACUGAGCAUUACAGACUCCCUGACGGGGUGGUAAGGGGGUCUCCCAUUUCUGGGUGUAAGGCAUCCGUCUGGGCAAUGCAGGUGGGGGAGAAGAGGGUGGGUGCAUCUUGAAACACCUAGAAAGAAAAAGAUUAAAGUAGGUGGGACUUGAGCAUAUUUGCAAUUAUCAUUUCUUGCCUAACAUUUAGAAAACUUGAAUUCUUAUUUCGACUAGCCCUAGUGCCUGAUCCGGCAAGGUGCUGAGUGCUGUCUGUCAGGAGCCCCUAUAGACUUCU